AUGAGAGAAGAUCACUCUAACAUCAAAUUCCAAAUGAUUAGGAUUCCUGUGAUGACAAUUGGGUCAUUUUCUCUUUCCCUGACACACCCAACUUGAUGCCAUAUCGAGGAAGCCAAUAACAUGUUGCCAAAAAACAUUGCAGCACAAACAACAUCAAGGAGUUUCAAGACCUUUUCAAUGCCAUGAAAGUGAAACAUUCAUGGAAAAACAUCAUGCUGCGGAGAUACAAGCCCCGGCUCUUCCUCUAUGCACUGGUUCCAUUUUUCCAGCAGAUCACUAGCGCCAAUCUUAUCUACGUGACAUCAACAUGAACUAAAAUAAAUGAUGUCAUCAUCGUUUAAGGUGGAUAAUUAUCUUCUGUACAUCAAAGAAGAUCGCCGUUUCAGAUGAAGUUCAACUAACGCAGCCCCGCUCUUCACAACGGCACUAAUGGCGUGCGCUGUGCACUUGUAACUCACCAAAUAAAGCUGCCGUUAGGAAAUAAAAGUGAAGAAAGAGGUCAAUAACUACCGAAGACUCUGCGAAUAGCCUGAGAAGGGUAGGUUCAAGUAAAAAGGAGCAAAACUAUUGUCAUUUCUCAAAUGGGUUGCAAUUCAUCGAAGAAAUCGAGAUUGGGACGACAAUUCCAAGUGCAGAAUUUCACUCGUAAGACCCAAUCAGAGAAUUUCUCUGUUCUUGCCUCUGAAACUGCUUUUGCUUUAAAUGAAGUGGAAUCCUUGUACGAGCUAUACAAGAAUCUGAGCUGCUCUGUCGUCAAAGAUGGGCUAAUACAUAAGGAAGAACUUCAGCUUGCAGUACUUAGAAACAGCAAUAAACAGAGUUUCUUUUUAGAUAGGAUAUUUGAUCUUUUUGAUGUGGAUGGUAAUGGCCAUAUUGAAUUUGGAGAAUUUGUUCGAUCGAUGGCUGUCUUUCACCCAAGAACUCCCCAAACAGACAAAAUCAAAUGUAAGAUCUGCGUUUAAUGAUGGAUAAUCUUUUUCUUGUCUUCCAUUUUCUUCCUAUUGAAUAUUCAGUAUAUCCUAAUUGGAACUAAGUUCUGCCAGAGGUAUAGCUAUUGACUUGUUAUGGCUGGUAAAAUGGUUGAUUUUUUAUGACAGGUGCAUUUUAAUUUGUAUGACUUGAGACGCACUGAUUUUAUUGAGCGUA